UUAGGAGGAGGUUAUAGCGGAAUAGGUGCUAAGUAAACAGUUUUGUUUAAUUUUUGAAAUAAUCUCUUCUCACUACCAUGGAAGGCUAAAGAUUGAAAGCAAUUAUUUUUUUUUAGUUCCCUAAAAGAGAAUUUUUAACUAAUCUUAAAAUAUUUUUCCUGAAACUAUUUCAAUUUUUUCAAUAUGUUCAGAAGUUACAAGUUAGGUACAGGAGAGAUUCUGUCUAUAUGCUUACUAUCCAAUAUUACUGAAAAUUUGGAAAUAAAAAAGAAAAUUAUGGAACAGUCUAUAAGGUGUUGUUGUAUAACACCAUCUCUGGUUGUAGAUCCUUUUCAAAUAGCAGUUGCAGCUGAUAAAGCUUGCCUUGCUCGAUCUCGUAAUAAACUAGUAACUAGAAAUAUUAACACUGAGUUAUUGUAUAACUUGUCAGUAUCAAAACAUAUUAGCAAAUCUUUGGUGAAGUUUGGUUUGCAGGAAAAUGAUACCAACGCGUUAAUAGCUAUUAUUGGUUCUGAGGAAGAUUUGAAAGCAGAACUGCCUAAGAUAAAUGGUAACAUAAUAAAUUUGGAGAAGCUUGGCACAUUAGUAGACCUAAAGGCUGUUCAAAAAGAAUACAAUAUUAGUGAGGAAGAAUUGCAAAGGAGCUCACCAACUGAUUCAGUAAUAACAAGGAUUGCAACAAAAAACUUAUAGAAAACUUUUUUUAUUUACAGAUUAAAAAACAAAACAAAUAUUAUUUUAAAUAAUAAUAUACACAUAUUUAUACAAUCUGUACAAUUAAAAUAAUGCAUAAAAGAAAACAUGGUUUUCAGUUCAAAACACAUUUCAUACUAUCAAAAAUAAAUUGUAAAUAUAUUUGAUUCCAAUAGAAAAUAUAUGCAUUUUAUGAACUAUGUACAUUAAUAAUAUUUCCCUUAAAUCCAAAAAAUGUAUAAUUUAUUGAUCAUAAUUUCUAUGGGCCUACAGAAAAUGAAACUUUACAAAUUUCAAUUUAGAUUAUAUUACACAGAACAUUUCCAGUUUAUGAGGAUGUUAAAAAUCUGCAAAUAUAAAUAUUUUUGACAAAAAGUAAUAAAAAUUACACUUAUCAAUCUAGAGAGCAUAUCUCUCCAGAAGUUCUUGUUUUUUCCUUUCAAGAAUUGCGGCUUCCACCUCUCUUUGUGAAGGAACAGGAAUAUGAGCUCUGUACCCUUCCAGUAACUUAGCACUCAGUUCAAACCCAUCGUCUUCCCCUGCAUCUUCCUCUUCAUCAUCUUCUCCGCCCUGCAAAUAUUCAAACAUUCAUAAAUAUAAUGAAAUAAUAACGAAUAGAAUUAUUAUUGUGAUAAUUAUUUAAGACUCUAAACCUCUUUAUUUCCUGCUGCUUUGUAGAUGUUAUCUUCUUCGACUUCUUCUUUUUCUUCUUCGUCUAUUUCCAUUGAUUUUUCCUUUUUUACAGUCCAUUCUGCUACAGCUUUUUUAAUAGCUAAAACGUUAUGAUAAAUCACAUAUGAUAAACUAUUAUUUGACAAAUGUAAACGCCAAGUACCUAUGAAUUUCAUACCUUUAGUUUCCUCAAUUUCUUCUAGUGGUAUAAUGAUUCCAUCUUCGUCGUCCAUAUAACCAUAAUAAGAGGCAUCAAUAUCUCUCAUUAGUUCCCCACGUGUCUUAUGCGGAGGUGGAGGAGGAGCCUGCUCAAACAACUCUCUAACUCCUAUAACAGAAUAC